GUUUAGAGCGUAUUUGAGUACUUAGGCUAAAAACUGAUCUUUGACCUCCCUUUCACUCUUGGUUGCUGUUGACUAUUCAUUGGGUGCUGAACAUCCACAUUAUGAAAGUUACAGAUGGUGUAUGGAAAUAUCAAGCUUAUAUGAGAGUGCUACGGUGAUUCGUUCCGCACGUAAACUCAGAAGUGGAUCCCCAGCAACCUAUUCAGCAUUGGUAUUAAAGUAAACAACCACAGAAGUGAACUGAACAACCUCAUUUUAAUCAGACACAGAUGCUUCGAUGGAGGACUUGUACCAGCAAGCACUUUCAUUGGUCAAGCCCGGUAGCUCAAGGGUUGCUUUUGUGCACUUUAACCUUUGGAGUGAUACUACCUAUAUGCUGCCAUCGUCUACUUUACUCCUACUAUUUUUUAAAACCAAUAUAUCUUGAUUCGCUGAGCAAUGCAGCACUAAAAGAAAGCUACGAAAGAGGCCAGGAGGCUCUACGCUUUUGGGAAAGUGCUGCCACUACGAAAACCAUUAAUGGUCCAUUGGAAAUGAUUAUUAAGAAACCAGAUCUCCUGGUGACCGUAGUGACAACCAGGAGAUCAGAGGGCAAGGACUAUCACUACCUAUUACAGGUGGCUCUACAGCUGAAAACACUCCUCAAAACGUGUGGAAAUAAAGCAUGCGCCGAGGUCAUGCUAUGUGACGUGGAAAGAGGCCCUGCUUUAAAUGAGGAUGCUUUGCUUCUGGAGAAAGAGUUUUUGGUGGUUCGACGUUCUCCGGAUGAGCGAUGGCAGGACAGAGAAGUUUCCAACAUAUUUGAGAGGGAAAAACAAGAUUACGUUUUCUGCCUACGCAAAGGAUGGGACAUGAUGAAGCCAAAAAACGUUGUCGUCCUAGAGGAUGACGCGUUUCCAUUAACCAAUUUUUUUCCUUCAGUCAAAAAUUUACUCUCACGAAAAUUCGCCUUCAAUUCGUUAUACAUAAAGCUCUACCAUCCUGAGCGUCUGCAGAGAUACUGGAACCCAGAGCCGUAUCGCAUCCUAGAAUGGAUCGGUCUUGGUGUUUUCGGGGCUACAAUCCUCCUCCUUUUGUUGUUUCACUGCACGCCUCUUUCUUUUACCUUCUCGCUUGCUCAUUUUCUCUUCCUGGCUCUCUACAUAAUGGCCGUGGCUGAGCUGGCAGGACGGCAUUAUCUCCUGGAGGUCAGACGGCUCUCACCGCAGUUGUAUGCUGUGUGUCCUGCCACUGAAUGCUGCACCCCUGCUAUGCUCUAUCCAGGAAAUGCCUCCAUUCGGGUUGCCGAAUACCUAGACCAGGCCACCUGCGCUCAGGGUAAUGCGAAAGACAUGGUGCUCUAUAGGAUAGCCAGAUCGACGCCAGGUGAAAAGGCACACAGCGUGGAACCCAAUCUCAUCAAGCAUAUCGGUGCUUACUCCUCUGUCAGGACCAACCCGAAACCACCGCGAUUAAUUUGACAUCAGAAUGUUAUUUUCUUAUUGCAGUGGGAUAUGAAUCACAUUUCUGGUACUGUUUUAAACACAUGCUCGUAUAGGAGUUAAGUGUAAUGACAGAAAUCGUAUGCACUAAUUCAGGGUUUCUCAACCACGUUCUAAGAGAACCACCAACACUGCAUGUUUUGGGUGUCUUUUUUUGUCUAUCACACCCAUUACAGGUCAGUCUCUGCUAAUGAGCUGAUGAUCUGAAUCAGGUUUGUUUGUUUAAGGAGAUAUGGAAAGUGUGCAGAGCUGGUGGUCCUCCAGGAACAUGGUUGAGAAACCCUGCACUGAACAAUGAAUUAUGAAGUUUCAAAUUUAUAUAAGAGUUAGAUAUGUGACUCCUUGUUUGCUGCAACUCUAGACACAGAUGUUUUAAUAUUAUGACAUUUUUUUAAACACAUUUCUAUCUGACCUAAAAUGUGAAGAUUAAACUUUAAAUACUUUAGAGCAGGGGUGUUCAAACUUGGUCCUGGAGGGCCGGUGUCCUGCUGAGUUUAGCUCCAACUAGCUUCAACACACCUGCAGGAAGUUUCUAGUAUAUCUAGUUAGAGCUUUAUUAGCUGGUUCAGGUGUGUUUGAUUAAGGUUUGAGUUAACUCUUCAGGACACCGGCCCUCCAGGACUGAGUUUUGGUCACCCCUGCUUUAGAGUUUGAAAUAUUUUUUUAUUGAGAUUAUUGAUAUUAUUUUAAUACUUUCAAUCAAUAAUUUGUCUUUGUCAACUGCAGGAAUUAAAAUCAUCUUUCAUUAGUGAAUUUCAUGGUUUCUUUUAAUAUACCAUCCCAGGGCUGAAAGAUGAUCUUUUAAGGAAUUUCAAAGUUCACCCAGAUAUAAAAAUCUGUUGUUAAAGGGAUGGUUCACCCCAAAAAGAAUAUGUACUCAUUAUUUACUCACACUUAAGCGGUUCCAGAGUUUCUUUUUUCUGUUGAACACAUAAGAAAAUAUUUGGAAGAAUAUUAGAAACUAGUAACCAUUGACUUUCAUUGAAGUAAAAACAAACACCGUAGAGGUCAAUAGUUUCCGAUUUCCAACAUUUUUCAGAAUAUCUUCUUUUGUGUGAAGAAAGAGGAUUUGUGACAACUUCCAACUUUUAUUUAUAUAUAUAUA